GGGCAAGUUUGCUAGUUAAGCACUAAAGCCCACUACCAUAUUAGGCAUCAGACAACACCUGCAUCUUAGUACAAUAGUACCAGCUAGGUCACACAACUUGCAUCUGCAAUUCUGCAGAUUGCCCCUUGCUCCUUGUAUGCAUUAGCUGCAUCUUGUUCUCUUGCUAGUAGUGGCGGUCCUGUGCCACGUGUCCUCUUUCUGUUGUAUUGGACACCCCUACAUAUGUAUGCUACUGCUCAGUCGAGCCAUCUAUGCAAUGAAUCAAGUUUAAUUCCUUUAUUUCCCCUUCUGCUAAUUAUAGAACCCACCACAAGACCAGUAAAAUCAAUGUUCGAGUAAGCGCGAAGCACCAACUUGAGACAGAUAGUGAGGGCGGGAGAUCCACCAGUCGACAGCUCAAAUUGGGCCUCUUCGUAUUCUGAGUCAAAAGCCAGCAAAGACAAUCAAUCGGCACAUUCAGGCCGAGUUUCACAAGGUCCAAGACCAGACGAGGGUGCUGCUUUUCAUUCAAAACUGCAACGGUAGAGCGCGCAACACCAACUGGAGAUCAAGUGGCAAACAAUAGAGAAUACAGAGGAGCCUCAAUCUUCUGAGGUAAAUUUUUCGUCCGGUAAAAAGUUUACAAUUUUAUUUGGGUUUGGGUUUGGAAUUGGAAUCGGAAUCGGAACUGGAGGCUAUAAUUAGAACUAUACACUUCAAGACAGAUUUAUUCAUUUAUUUAUUAUCUACAUAUGACGAUGAUGAUGAUGAUGAUGAUGAUGAUGAUGAAGAAGAAGUCUCAACUCUCAAAAGGACAGGCGGUGACUUUUUCACACUAUUAUAUGAAUGUGAGCUCACCACUAACAACUGGCCGGAAAAAAACAAUUAAGUUUGAGUUCAAUGGAAAGCAUUCCUUAAGGUGUUGUUGGAGAGAUUGACCUCUCGUGACUUCCUCAACUAUGCACGGCAGAAAGGAGUUGCCAAAAAGCUUCAGAAAUGGAGCGAGACGGUGUCUGAAAUUGAGCAGCUUCUCAGUGAUGCAGAGGAGAAGCAACUGAUGAUCAAUGAGGCAAUGCACCAUUGGUUGAUUGAGCUCACGCAUUUGGCCUAUGAUGUGAAUGACACACUCGACAAGUUGUCCACUCAGAUGCUGACAGGAAUGGAUGAAACUAGAGCUGGCUCAAGUAAGGUACAAAGCUUCAUUCCCAAAGCUAAGUUGUACUUUAAUAACUCUGAAAUGGAGGGCAUUUCUCAUCGAUUACGGAAAUUAUCCACAAAACAAAAGGAGCUAUUGAAGAAUGUAAGCUCAAACACUGAGGCUACUUCCUUACCAGCAUUGCAAAGGUCACCAAGUUCUAUUGUGUUGAAUACACCUGUGGCUGGAAGAGAUGGGGAAAUAAGAAAGAUUGUUGGAUUAUUGUCAAGAGACUAUGAGUCUUCUCGUACCACCAAUUUUCAUUCAGUUGCCAUUGUUGGAAUGCCAGGAGUUGGCAAGACAACAGUUGCAGCACAUGUCUUCAUUGCUGACGCUAUGGAACAGUUUUACCCAAAGGUGUGGGUAUCUGUGUCUCAUAACUUCAAUCUUGAAAGAGUGACGAGAGCUAUUUGUAGGAAAGUCACAUCCCAGCCAUGUGAUCAGAAUGAUUUCAGUGAAGUGCAAGAUGAUUUGAACAGGGCAAUAGCAGGUAAAAGAUUUUUGAUUGUUUUAGAUGAUGUCUGGAGCACAUGUGACUGCGAGUCAUGGACAACAAUGCAGUCCCACUUCCGUGUUGGAGCACCAGGAAGUACAAUACUUGUCACAACACGUGAAGAAAAAGUUGCAAAAUUGAUUGGAGCCACUGAAGUGUACAAUUUGAAGGUUCUUUCAGAUGAAGAGUGUCUGAAUGUAUUUAUGCAACAUAUUAACAAUCACAGACCACCAAAUUUUGAUGCAGUAUUUGCCAAGAAAAUUGUUGAAAAAUGCAAUGGACUGCCAUUGGCGGCAAAAACUCUUGGUGGUAUUUUACGUUGUGAAGAAGUUGACAGAUGGAAUGAAGUAUUGGAUGACAAGUUGUGGAGUAUAUCAAAUAACGAGAGCAACAGACUCCCAGUUUUGAAGCUGAGUUAUCAUUAUCUUCCUUCAACUUUGAAGAGGUGCUUUGCCUAUUGCUCAAUAUUUCCCAAUAACUAUGAAUUUGGGAAGAAGCAAUUAAUCCUUCUAUGGAUGGCAGAGGGUUUUCUUCAGCAGCCAGAAGGAAGUAACCAGAUGGAAGAUAUUGGUGGCAACUCUUUUGAGGAGCUGUUAUCGAGGUCAUUAUUUCAAAAGUCAAGCAAAAGUAAUUCACUUUAUGUAAUGCAUGACCUUGUUGGUGAUUUGGCACGGUGGGCUUCUGGAGAUACAUAUUUCAGAUUGGAGGAUAAGGUGGAUGGCAAAUGCUCUUCAAAGACUCGUCAUUCUUCUUACAUUUCCGGUAAGUUUGAUGGGGUCACCAAAUUUGAAAAGGCAUUCUCUGAAGCAAAGAGUCUGCGAACUUUCCUACCACUUUCAAUCUCACAUGGUCAUGAGAAUUAUCUAACUUGUAAGGUUACUUUUGAGAAGUUGCCAAAGUUGGAGUGUUUACGAGUACUUUCUUUGAAUGGCUAUCAAGUAACUCUGUUGCCGGAAUCAAUUGGUCAUCUGAAGCAUCUACGGUACCUUGAUCUGUCUCACACACUCAUAACGAGUUUGCCUAAAUCAACAACCACCCUUUACAACUUGCAGACAUUGAUAUUAGAAAAUUGUUCUCAAUUGAAGGCACUACCUGGAAAACUGAAGAAUUUGGCAAAAUUACGUCAUCUGAACAACUCAUGUGUGCCUUCAUUGGAAGGAAUGCCUCCUCAGCUAAGUCAAUUGACUAAUCUCCAAACAUUAUCUAAUUUUGUGGUGGGCAAAGGAAAUGUGUCAAGGGUAGGAGAGAUAGGGCCUCUAUCGCUUCGCUGGACAUUGUGCCUCAAAAGAUUGGAAAAUGUGACUAAUGUUGAGGAUGCAACAAGGGCAAACUUAUUGAGCAAGCAAGGGCUUGAUGCACUACAACUAGAAUGGAGUGGCACUGAUGGAAAGGAAUCAGAAAUUCUUGAAGUGCUAAAACCACACAUAAACCUUAAAGAGCUCAUCAUCAAGGGUUAUAACGGUUUGGAAUUUCCAACAUGGAUUCAGCAUCCUUUGUUCUCUGAAAUGACCCUUGUGGUGUUAGAGAAUUGUAACAAAUGUCGAUUCUUGCCAGCACUCGGCCAAUUACAUUCUCUGAAACAACUCUUUAUAAAAGGAAUGUCUAGUGUUGAAAGUGUGGGUCCUGAGUUUUAUGGGAAGGCUGGGGUGCCUUUUCCAGUAUUAGAAACUCUUGAGUUCAAGAAUAUGGAAGAUUGGAAGGAGUGGUUUCCUUGGGAACAAAGUCAAGGAAAUGGAGUUUUCCCCUGCCUAAAAAUGCUUUCCAUCUCCACAUGCCCCAAAUUGAAAGGUAGCUUACCCAAGAAUAUUCAUUUAUUAACAAAGCUUGGGAUUGAUGGAUGUGAGCAGUUGGUUGUUUCAACUACCAAUAUAUUAUAAACUGAUUCACGAGUUAAAUAUAUGGGGUUGUAAAUGGGCGGUGGAUAGGAGUGGGGUAAAGUUUGAGUUAUUAGAGGCCAUGGAGCUUUCAAGUAUUUCAGAGUUCGGAUUUGAAACAGAAGAAUUCCUGAAAAGAUUUACACAGCUUAAAAAUUUAAAGACUACUGGUUGUGAAGAGCUGACAUCUUUAUGGAAAAGUAGGAAUAGAUGGCUGCAACAUCACAUUGGCAACUCUCAGUCUCACUUUGUUCAAGAGCUGGUGUCACUUCAACAACUACACAUCAUUGGAUGCUCAACUCUAAUUUCUUUUCCAGAGGUUGAUUUGCCACCUUUUCUUAAACACUUGAAGAUUGAGUCAUGCAGUUCCCUUGUAUAUUUUACUAGAUCUCAUAUGCCCCUAACGCUAAGAAGAAUAGAGAUUGGAGAUUGCUUGGAACUUAAAUCAUUAGUGGAGGGAGAAGCGUCUUCGUCGUCCUCUUCUUCUUGUUUGAUGAAUGAGGAGGCAUCCUCUCUUGAGUACUUGAAGAUAUGGAAGUGUCCAUCUUUGACUUCCUUAUUGGACAGAAGCCAACUGCCCAGGGCACUUGAACAGCUUUUCUUGUGGGAUUGUGAACAACUGGAGUCAAUAACUGAUAAGUUCCAGGACAAAACUUGUCUUGAAUGUGUUGAUAUACGGCGUUGUCCAAAUCUUAAAUCAUUACCAGAGCGCAUGUGCUACCUCACCAAUCUUCAAAAGUUAUAUAUUUUUCAGUGUGGAAGUCUUGUUUCCUUCCCUAGAGGCCAAAUACAGCCUCCAACCUAACAACCAUCUGUAUCUGGGACUUGAAAUUGACAGCCCUCCCUGAAGGCAUGGUCAAGCACAACCUCAGCUCUCUUCAGAGAUUAACAAUCGCUUACUGUAAAGGUUUGGUGUCCAUUCUAGAAGAGGGUUUUCCCUCAAACCUAACAAUACUUAAAAUUGUGGAUCCCAAGAGUUGUAAGCCACUCUCUGAGUGGGGCUUGCAGUUGGAGAAACUCACCUCUCUAAAAGAGUUGUGGAUCUCUGGUGUAGAUCCAUAUCUGGUGUCCUUUCCACCAAAGGAUAUAGAGUUGAUGCUCCCUAAAUCCCUCAGUAGACUCGACAUUGCAAACUUCCCAAGUCUGAGGCGCCUAUCCAGGAAGGCCCUUCAGUCCCUCACCUCUCUUGAAUAUCUUGAGAUUGCUGAUUGUCAAAAGCUAGCAUCCAUUCCCGAGAAGUAUCUGCCUCUUUCACUUGCAAAACUUCACAUAUAUGCAUGUCCGAAGCUAAAAGAUAGAUACACUUGCAACACAACAUACUGGUCCAAAAUAGCUCACAUCCCUUGCGUACAUGUUGGAGAUGAGUAUUUGAGCCCACUGAAGACUCACAGUUAACAUCCCUGGCCCUUCAAGAUAGAGCUAAAGGAUAUGGAUAAGAUGUUCGAAGAUUACAACCCAUUCCAGAUUAUGCUGAACACAUUGGGGACAAAAGGAAGGAGGAAGUAGGGAAUGACAGAAGUUCAAAGAUCCCAACAUGCAGUCUAAAUCAUUCAUUACACAGAUGUUCCACUUUGAUCUAAAAUCCCUAGGCCAAUCAACCAUUCUACUUUCUGCAGUUUUUGGUCCUCAAGUGCUGGAGCUGUCGGGCCCACUGGAACUCUUCAAUGGCGUUAAAGCAGAAGGAUCUUAUGUCAAAUAAAUGAUGUGAAAUUGUCACUUCUUUACCGCAGGAAAGCAUGACAGUAUCCUCAGCUUAUAUUCUGUCAAAAAAUGUUGUUCAAUACUGAAAAGCCAAAGAAUGUAUGUGCAGUUGUUCAAAAGCUGAGGUACAAGAGGGUCAUGCUAGCAUAAAAUCAUUGAUCGCUGGUGCCUGGAGAGCAAUUCCUGUUUAUACCUUUGGCUGUGUUUUUCUGUGACGACUGGUCGGCGGGUUUCGUAGAAAAAUGGGUGCACAGCCAACCUGAAAAAAAAGAGAGAAAGAAAGACGAAGGGAGUAAUUGGCUGCCAAGUUUUCCUUGUGUUGGCUACCUAUUCUUUCAAUUGGCUGCCAAGCUUUUGUCUUUGCGUUGGCCAACUUGAAAUUUUCUUUCCCAUGUGCAAUUGGCCAUAUAUAUAUAUAUAUAUAUAUUUUAUAUAUA